AUGCGCUACAUCAUCCGCGAUGACAAGGCUGCCGUUGGCAAAUACGUCGCCGAGUACGUAGCCAAGCGAAUCAAUGCGCACUUUGCGCACACCGACCAGCCCUUUGUUCUCGGCUGUCCUACCGGUUCCUCGCCGCUCGAGACCUACAAGCAGCUGAUUGCGAUCCACCGCGAGGGCCGAAUCAGCUUCAAGAACGUCAUCACCUUCAACAUGGACGAGUACGUCUCGCUGCCCACCUCGCACCCCGAGUCGUACCACUCGUUUAUGUGGAACAACUUUUUCAGCCACAUCGACAUUCAGCCGCAGAACGUACACAUCUUGAACGGCAACGCGCAGGAUCUGGUGGGCGAGUGCGAGGAGUACGAGCGCAAGAUCCAGGCUGUGGGCGGCAUCGAUCUGUUCAUGGCGGGUGUGGGGAGUGAUGGACACAUUGCGUUUAACGAACCAGGCAGCUCGCUGGCUAGCAGGACCAGGAUCAAGACGCUCGCAUACGAUACCGUGUUGGACAACUCGAGGUUCUUCGACAACGACCCGUUGAAGGUGCCCCGCAUGGCGCUGACGGUGGGAGUGCAGACCGUCAUGGACGCCAGGGAGAUUCUGGUGAUUAUUGUUGGUCAGCACAAGGCACAUGCGUUGGCAAAGUGCGUAGAGGAGGGCGUCAACCACAUGAACACCGUUUCGUGCAUCCAGCUGCACCCCAACUCGCUGCUGGUCUCGGACGAGGAGGCGACCAGCGAGCUGCGCGUCCGCACCGUGCGCUACUUCAAGGGUAUUGAGCGCGCCCAGGAGGAUAUCGAGAAGCUCUACGGUCUGCACGGCCACAAGAAGACCCCUUCCGGUAGCGGCGUGCCCCUCGUCAACGGCCUCAGCGGAUCGCACUAG